AUGGCUGGCCCUUGUAUUGCCACAGAGAUUCCACCAGAAAUUUUCAUUAAUAUUUGCCAAGAUCUUCCACCUUCUGACCUUCUCUCUCUGGCUCAAGUUUGUAAAAAGUUUUAUGGUUACUUAUGUUCAAUUGAUUCUAAACCAACCCAGGAAAUCUGGCGCAAUUCUCGAUCUCAAUGUUUGCCCUAUGUCAAAAUGCCACCGCCUGAUAGUAUGGAUGAACGUCGUUAUGUAAAGCUCCUUGUUGAACGCGGAUGUCAAUUUUUUCCUGAUGAUAUUUUACGUGGAUUAACUUAUACAACUGGAUUUUAUAAAUGGGGUUGGGAUCAAAGCCCAAAAAAUCGACCGGCAAAUUUAUAUUGGCGCGAUGAUGUUUAUCGUGUCUAUAAUGAAUAUUUAAAACUUGAACCUGAAGAAAGAAAAGAUUGGCUUCUUAACAAACGAAAGGAAGGUCGUCAAAGAAUGGAAGAUGUUGCCCAACGUGAGAUCGAACAUGAAAAUGAAUAUUGGGUUAAAUCUUCUGAAAAUGAAAAAAAACGGGAAGAACGUGCAUCUACCAUAGAAUCUAUGAUAAAAAAUGAAAGAAAUGAAUAUGGUUUACUAAGAUUUAAAAUGCCUAUUGUAGAACAAUGUAUGGUUUAUAAUAAGGCCAUAAUGUCAUCAUCCACACAUACUUUUACUAAACGUGCAUGGAUUGGAUUAAAAAAUAAAUUAAUUCCUGAAUAUACAAAACUUGCCGUAACUCAUAGAGCUCAACGACAGGCGGCCGAGAAACUUUUUUCAUAUGAUGUUGCAGUUCAAACACGUCAAAUGGAUAUACUUAAAUUAGUUUUUGAUUUACCUCAUUCUGAUUCAGAUCAACCUGUAGCAGCAGCUAUUUCUACAGAUCAAAAUGAUAAUAAUUCAGAUAAUAUAUCCCAUUCACAAUUUGAAACGCAUUUAAUCAAAUAUCUUCCUUGGUGUCCGUCGUUUCAAAACUUACCAUUUAUUGAUAAUGAUCCACGAAAUCUUUGGGAUGAUGUUUUUCUGAUCACAACUUUAAUUCCUCAACUUCGCGCAGAAACAAUUCAUCUUAAAAAUAACCCUGCACCACCAUUAACAGUAUGUGGAGCAUUUCUUCAUAGGCGUUCAGGUAACAGACGCGUGUAUAAAUGCAAAUUAUGUAAUAAUCAUCCUGAAAGAGCUACACAACUUUAUUCAUUCUAUGAAGUUCGAUUACAUUUGAUACGAAGUUCUCAUAAAAUCAGUGUAAUUAAAGAUGAUAUGAUUGAAGUUGUUUCAGAGGCUUUUGAUAAUGCUGAAAUUGCACAAGAAAUUCCAAGAAAUAAACCUGAAAUCUUUUUUGCGGCAGGUUUUAACGUUAAUUUGAUUGUUAAUUUAUGA